GGCUAUCUAUAUAACCAACCUCCUAUUAUGCCAGCUCAAGAACCCAUGCAACAACAACAACAACAACAGCAUCAGCAACAACAACAACAACAACAACAACGAUCUCGUCAAAUGUCCAAUUCAAGCGCUUCUUCUGCUGAAAAGAUAUACUCUUUUGUGGCUAUUCCUGGUACGAAUCAAAAGAAGAGACCUCGAAGACGAUAUGAUGAAAUUGAGAGAUUAUACCAUUGCAACUGGCCAGGCUGUACAAAAGCAUACGGUACUCUAAAUCAUCUAAAUGCGCAUGUCAGUAUGCAAAAACAUGGUCCUAAAAGACAUCCUGCUGAAUUCAAAGAAAUGAGAAAAGAAUGGCGUAGACAAAAGAAAGAAAAAGAAGCUCAUAAAAAGAGAAGUGAAGAAUUGUUAAAGCAACAACAACAGCCUAUACUGAAUAAUGCUUCGUUUUCCAACAUGCCUUAUACUCCUCUGCCUACAAAUGGUUCAAUGCCAAUGAAUAGUUUUUAUUAGACAAUUUCUUUCUUUUAUUUUGUAUUUAAUCCCUUUUCAUCUUCUUUUCUUAAAAAGAAGACCUGCACAUAUCCGUACAUAACAUUUUGUAAAUGAAAAAAGUGACAAUACCAUUGAAUAAAAUAUUACAUCAUUCAUUUUCACUGUAAA